GGUAACUAAACCGGGUAACAGAGAGGUCACUGGCGGGUGAUGCAGCGCAUUCUGUUUGCGGGGAGUCCCGGAUGUGUCUGCCUGUCAGGCGUGUCAGCGCUUUGCACACGGCCCCUGACCCUGGAGCAGUUGUUUGGUACUGUAGCUCUGCAGCCAUGAGCUGCAGCCGAGUAGACCCCCUGCUCGACAGGUGCCUAAUUUGCCUAUCAAGAAAUAUAUCUAGAUAUGAAUCGGAAAUAGAACCUCUCCCGCCACAUAUAAAGGACAAACUGAUAAAGCUUCUGUGUGUCCAGGGGCUUCUGACAGACACAAACAUCGGGCAGGUACUGCACCCAUCAGUAAAGAAAUUGGACCUUCGUGACUGCGAUGUUUCCGACAGUGCUCUAAGGUUAAUAUCUCAGUGCCGACAGCUCAACAAGAUCAACUUAAACUCUUGCAAAGGAGAGGAACGGACGUCAAUCACUUCAGAAGGCAUCACGGCGGUCGCCCAGUCGUGCCCAUACCUCCUUGAAGUCACACUGAAGAAAUGCUGCAACCUUACGGACGGUGGCAUCAUGGCUCUAUCCCUGAACUGCCCGCUUUUACAGAUCGUCAACUUGAGCGGCUGCUCCCGGAUCACUGAUGACUCCCUGCAGGCCCUGGGGCAGAACUGCCCUUUUCUACAUAGCGUGGACUUCUCAGCUACCAUGGUCACGGAUUAUGGCGUUAUCGCGCUAGCAGCUGGCAGAUGCUCAAAGAACCUGAAGGAAGUCCACAUGGAUCGCUGUGUCCACCUGAAGGAUGAGGCCGUGGAGGCCAUACUCACCUGCUGCCCUAACAUCUACAUUCUGCUCUUCCAUGGGUGCCCGCAGAUUACAGACCGCUCAAGAGAAGCGUUGCAGCAACUAGUGGGACCAAACAAGAUCAAGCAAGUCACAUGGACUGUCUAUUAAUGGUGUCACCAUAAACGGACACUUCAAGCACCUCCCACCUGUUGUGUUCUUCCUGUGCGCACUUUAUCUUCAUAUAGUAACAAUUUACAUAGUCAUUAAGGUAUAAAAUAGCCUACACUGACUAGCAAAUCACAGUGUGUUUAUUGUUUGUUUACCAUCUACUGUUAAUACUUCACCAGUGUGCUAGUACUUGUAGUUCUACAAUAGCUGGUAAGUUACAGUAUGCCUACCUCUCCGCUAGAUGUACUGUGUGGUGUUCAUAGACAGGAGAACACAAUAGUUUUGAAACCUUUUUACUACUAUUUACUUUAUAUGUGUAAUGUAACAAAUACAGUAUAAGAGGGCAUGUAUCAAGUCUUAGAGAGAGAUAAAGUGGAAAAGUUAUUCAAAGACUGCGCUAGAGAAAUGACAGAAGCUGUUUGGUUGUUUUGGGCGACUUCUUCGCUUUCUCUCUAAGGCUUGAUACAUCUCCCCCCACAUGAACCAGUAACAAGCACUCUGAGGGGCAAGCAAUGGCCGUGAAGUGCCGCAGAAAUAGCCAGAACGCUGACACCUCACAGCUGCCAACGUCGCGCAGUCUCUCCUGCGCAACAUGGAGGUGCACUAGACAGUGGGCAAUGUUGGGGAUACGGUACUUCUUUGUGAUAUUCACAAAUGCACAUCAGGACUGCGCGUCGCUGAUAACAGAGUUGCACCCUAUGAGCAGGUAGAUUACACUGUGUAAAAAUAUAGCUACACCAGCUGGACAAACAUUCAAUUAUACUCAAAAUAAUAUAACCCUGUAAUCACAUAUUUGGGAUAGUGCAUUUGGCAAAGCAAUGUACACAUACUAUAUAAUCAGGCAUCCGUCAAACUCCAUCUUGUUCCACAAUCAACAACAACAGAGAGCGGAGGGUGUUUGAUAACUCUCCUGGGAUUGUAGGAUUUCGAUUAGUUCAUUCUCGGAUUAUGAAAUCUGGCUUCAGCCCAUUUAAUGAUGGGGGGCACAUAUGAUUAGAACCUCUGCGUGUGGGUUUAUACAUACAUAUGUACUGGGAUAAAUCGUGCUCUGCAGAGCCAGUGGGUGAAUAUGCCUGAUAUCACCAAACCUUGUGGUAAACGGUUCUGUUAAAUGAGCUGACGUGUAAAUGCAAUUCUGCUUGAGACAAAAAGUGUUACGGCAACGGAAUCAAUACUCGAAAUGCCAAAAUCCAAACGAAGGCUUGUGUAUUACAUAAAGAUCCUGCAGCUUGGGCGAAGUCCUCAGGGACAUGAGACUGACGAGAUAUAAAUGGUUGUACAGCUUUUAUACACUUGGGGGGGCAAAUGAGCUGAGCAGGUUACAUGACACAGUGUAUAUAUAGUUACAUAUACCGUUGUCAUCAAGUUGAGAAAUGUCCAUUUUUGGCAAUGGGCUCAGAACAUCUGUGGUAAGACCUGUAUCUAGUGUACCUCUAAAAAGCAAUAGGUGUAUAAUAUUGUGUCAAUCAAUACUUUAUCCUUUUCUACAUCAAAAGUAAAAUAAAACUUGCAAUGAUGUUGACAUUAAAAACGGUAUGUGAUUUUGUAUUUCUGCUUGUUCUUUAUAAAUAAAAAUCUUAAUUCACGUC